UUAAGAAGCCUGAAUGUGUUAAAACUGCCAAGGAAAUGCAAUAGUCUCCCCACUUUCCAUGUUCUCCACAGUUGUCUUGCAGGGUAGCCAACGCCUACACUUCUGUUUCCAAAGAAAAUCCCAACCUAAAUGAAAUGAAAAUGGAUCCAACCCAACCCACUGGAUUUUCCCCAUGCAACGUAAUGAAAUGAAAACACUGGCAUUAUUUUACACUUUCUUUUUUCCUCGUCAGCCCAUUCUUCUUAUACCCACGUUCAAGUAGCACUCCAGCAAUCCUAAUACUUGCACUUACGUCCUUCCAACUUGCCCAUCCUCUUUAAAGUUCAAGUGUCUCGUACAGGUGAGUCACUCACCCACCCUUUGGAGAGUGUAAUAAUAGACAUUUUUGGAGCGUUGUGCUUUCAGCACGACGGCAUUCCGAUACGAUCUAAGGAUCACAGAGACACCCUCCGGUCCCAGAGGCACUGGCGAACAGGUUUGGCUAGAAAAAAAUAGUUUUCCUCAUGUGAUGGGCACCCUACCAAUCACAAAGCACUUUCCUCAAGCCAUCCGGGCUCUUUAAAGCCCAGUGGAGGGGUGAGAAAAGGGGCUUUUUCAGCUCUGGAGGUGGGUCGGGGUUGCUGUUGGGAAGCAUCACAAGAAGAGAGGGGUUGCAUGAAGAACUGAGGAUGGCAAAAAGUGAUGGCAUACGCAUCUUACAGGGUCUAUUAGUCUUUGGGAAUGUGGUCAUUGGGAUGUGCGGCAUUGCCCUGACAGCAGAGUGCAUUUUCUUUGUGUCUGAUCCCCAUGGUCUCUACCCUCUGCUGGAAGCCACAGAAAACGAUGACAUCUAUGCUGCUGCCUGGAUUGGCAUCUUUGUUGGCUUUGCACUCUUUGUUCUGUCUAUCCUUGGUAUCGUUGGAGUCAUUAAGUCCAACAAGACCUUGCUGCUUGUGUACAUCAUUCUGAUGCUGAUCACUUAUGCAUUUGAAAUGGCUUCUUGCAUCACAGCAGCGACUCACAGGGACUUUCUCACUCCAAAUCUCUUCCUGAAGCAAAUGCUGGAGAGGUAUAAGAAGUCAGAGCCAGACAAUAACAAUGACAAAUGGAUGAUUGAUGGAGUCACAGAUACAUGGGAUAAAAUCAUGGUUCAGAACCAGUGCUGCGGGGUGCAUGGCCCCUCCGACUGGCAGGAGUACACGUCCGCCUUCCGCGCCACUCACAAUGAUGCUGACUACCCUUGGCCACGCAACUGCUGUGUUUUGGAUGACCAAGGGUCACCCACCAACCUCGAUGGCUGCAAGCUUGGAGUCCCUGGCUACUAUAACAGCAACGGUUGUUAUGACGCUAUUUCUGGGCCUGUAAACACACAAGCCUGGGGUGUUGCCUGGUUUGGUUUUGCCAUCCUCUGCUGGACUUUCUUCGUCCUCCUUGGUACCAUGUUCUUCUGGAGCAGAAUUGACUACUGAAGGCCCGGUUUCCUCAGCGCUGCCCUGGAGCACCAUGUGAAACAGCAUUUGUCUCCUGCUCCAUUUCCCUUGUGCCAUGGAGGAUUUGAAGUUUUCCCACUACCUCUCCCAUAUACACUUUUGCCCUCUAAAAACUUGACACAUAUUGCUGAUAAGUCCAGGAAAGAAUCUUCUUGUUCCUUAUUUGCCCCUUGUUCUCCAGCCUUAAUGCCUCCUGGCUGAGGCACAAUCCUUGUGCAAGAAAUCCUUGGAGCAUCAGAUUAAGAAGUGAUCUGAUUUGCUCUAUGAUACCAUCAGAAAGGAAAAUGUCCAUACACAUUUGCUUCAGAAAAACGUCUCUCUAAAACUAUGUUGAAUGUAACUCAUAAUGCUAAAGGCUCCAGCAAGGGCUAUGUGAGCAAAGCUGUAACCUCCUGUGACCAAUAAAGACAGAUGCUGCAAGGGAGAAAAGUGCAGACCUCUCUAAUCUAUCUUAUUGUUCAGCUUCUGUUCCUGGUCUCUGUCACCCCUUGCCUUAGAAUAAGGCAGAUUCUCAAAGAGUUUAAGUGUGGCAGCAGUAAAGCAAUGUCAGGGAUAAAAAAUCUGCUGCUCGUUAAGCCCUAAAUCCAAGCCUGCCUCCUGUCACUGAUGGAACCACUGCAUGUGCUCCUGCCCUCAGAAGUGCCAGUCCAGGAGAAGCUCCACUUGCUUCAAA